AAAAUUAAUUCCACGAGGCUUCCGGAACGCGUCACUUCCGGUUACGUUUUUGAAAUUUCUGAGUUACUUGGUGCACAAACGUGUUAGUUUUUUUUUUUUUUACAUUUAAAAUAGAAUAUACUAUUACUUGUUACAGUGUGAGUGGUGCGAUGGACAUUCAAGCUAUGGAGCCGAUGUCUCUGGGUUCUCCUUCGUCCCCAAAGCCUGUCGGUGGAGCUCAGUUCCUCCCCGGAUUCCUGAUGGGUGACCUGCCUGCUCCUGCUACACCACAGCCCAGACCCCUAACCCUGAGUAUGGGUGGAGCCGAGACCAGAGCCCUGCCUUUCACAGGUGUAUCAGGUGGUUCUCCUCCUCAGCCGGUGGUUCCUACUCCUAAAGAUAAAAGCGGUGCUCCACCUGUGAGGAGUAUCUAUGACGACCUGUCCAGUCCUGUGGUGGGGUUCUCCCCGCUCACAUCACGCAAACACGCGUUCUCCGUGAUGCACACUCCUCUGUCCAGUGUGGCUGGAACUCCAGGAUCCGGCAGUGUGUUCAGCCCCGCCUCUUUAGGGCAGGUGAAGAGCACCCUGUCACCUGCACAGGUAGACCCAUUCUUCACCCAGGGAGAUGCCCUGUCCUCUGAGGACCAGCUCGAUGAAACCUGGAUCACUGUCUUCGGGUUUCCCCCAGUCUCCGCCUCCUACAUCCUGCUGCAGUUCGCUCAGUAUGGGAACAUCCUCAAACAUGUGAUGUCUAACUCAGGAAACUGGAUGCACAUUCAAUAUCAGUCCAAACUGCAGGCCAGGAAAGCGCUUAGUAAAGAUGGCAAGAUAUUCGGAGAAGCCAUCAUGAUUGGAGUCAAACCUUGCAUCGAUAAGAGUGUGAUGGAGUGCUCAGACAGGAGCAGUGCUGCAGUGUUCACUCCUCCGGUGAAGAACAGUAACAGUGUGGCCUCUAUCUCCACACCACGAUCAUCCAUGAGACCCCUCAGCACACCACUCACACACAGCAACGCUGACUAUCAGGUGGUGUCUGACAAAGGGACCCCGCGGAAAGAUGACAGCUUUGUGUCCAAAGCCAUGGAGUACAUGUUCGGUUGGUGAUGGAGGUGUGAGAUCGGUCACACGGAGCACUUUAUUGUACACUGGAUCCCGAUAAACAAGGGUGGACACACACACACACACACACACACAGAGAAGGGUGUGAUAGCUUAAUCCUGGUGCUCAGAGACACUCAGAGGUAUCUCUAAUCACAGUUGUAAUGACCUCAUCACCGAUCCUUUUAAUCCUCUGUAAUAGUGUUUUUUAACCACAUGUGCAUUCAGAACUUUAUCAUUACAUUCACACUGUUUUGUAUUUUGUAUCCUCUCUCUCUUCUGUACCGAUGUUGUGUAAAUAAAUAUCUCUUUAUCU